AUGCUGCAGCUGAAGAGCUCCCUGAUUCUCGCGGCCUACGUCAUCAUCUUCGUCACCGGCCUGCCCGCAAACCUCCUGGCCCUGCGGGCCUUCCUGGGCCGGGUGCGGCAGCCCCACCCCGCACCUGUCCACAUCCUCCUGCUGAGCCUCACGCUGGCGGACCUGCUGCUGCUGCUGCUGCUGCCCUUCAAGAUCGCCGAGGCGGCGUCUGACUUCUUCUGGUACCUGCCCAACCUCGUCUGCGCCCUCACGGGCUUCGGCUUCUACAGCAGCAUCUACUGCAGCACGUGGCUCCUGGCGGGCAUCAGCAUCGAGCGCUACCUGGGGGUGGCCUUCCCCGUGCGCUACAAGCUGUCCCGCCGGCCCCUGUAUGGGGUGAUCGCUGCUCUCAUCGCCUGGGUCAUGUCCUUUGGUCACUGCACCAUCGUGAUCAUCGCCCAGUACUGGAACUCAACCCAGAAGGCCACGAAUUCCGUCGAACCCACCUGCUACGAGGACUUCUCCGAUGAACAGCUGAGGUUCGUGCUUCCCGUGCGCCUGGAGCUGUGCCUGGUCCUGUUUUUCAUCCCCAUGGCGGUCACCAUCUUCUGCUACUGGCGCUUCGUGUGGAUCAUGCUCACCCAGCCCCACGUGGGGGCCCACAGGCGGCGCCGAGCUGUGGGGCUGGCUGUCGUGACCCUCCUGAAUUUCCUGGUGUGUUUCGGGCCUUACAACGUGUCCCACCUGGUGGGCUACUACAUGAAGAAAAGCCCCAAGUGGCGAGCGGAGGCGGUGGUGCUGAGCUCCCUCAACGCCAGCCUGGACCCCCUGCUUUUCUAUUUCUCGUCUUCGGAUGUGCGCAGGGCCUUCGGAAAAGGCCUUCAGAUACUGAGGCAUCAGGGCUCCUCUCUGCUGGGACAAAGAGGCAGAGAUGUAGCCGAGGUGACAAAUGGGGACAGGGGUGUGAGUCAAGCAGAGGGAGUACCGAGUUCUGACUUCACCACAGACUAG